GUGUGUGUGUGUGUGUGUGUGUGGCUCGAGCUCCAGCCAGACAGACGCCAGUGGAGUUGUGUGAGCGCGAGCCCCCUCCACUCUGUGAGCACUGAGUCCGUUCUCAGGCUGCACGCGCUGAUCUGAUCCAGGACCAGCACCGGGAGACCGGGAACUGUCUCUGGACCAGUACCACUGCAUUGAGGACCGAACGUGCUGGGAUCAGAUUAGAGGAUUGAACGAUUAUUGUUUAUGACAACUUCAUUUUAAAAAGUGAUCUGGACAUCUUGCUACUGAGAGGAGAGCUCGAGUACCGGCACAGAGACCAUCAUCAUCAUUAUCAUCAUCAUCAUCAUCUUUAUCAUCAUUAUCAUCAUCAACAACAACAACAACUACAACAACCUUAUGAAGAAUCAUCACGCUGCUAUACUUGUCACAGGACUGUCAGGUGGAGAGAAACACUUACUACUGAACUCUGUGUGUAUGCGCGCGCGCGUGUGUACGUGCGUGUGUACGUGUUCAUGUGUAAGUGUGCUUAUGUUUGCAGAGAGUCUGUGUGAAACGGGGUGACAAUCUGAUUCAGAUCAGUGUGUUUCUCAGAGUGUCUAAACUUUUCUGUCCAUUCUUCUGCAGAGCAGCUGCAGCUCUGCAGCCGGCCUGUACUCACUUUGUGUGUGUGUGUGUGUGUGUGUGUGUGUGUGUGUGUGCGGGUUAUUCACAGAGCUGCUAUGCAGACUGAGUGGAGCCACAGUCAGACAGCCUCACUGUGAGCUCAGAGAGAAACUCACAGCUGACACAGCUCUGCAGGGACGGACAGCAGAUGUUUCUCUGCUCUCAGAGCUGAACCAGACUGAAGUGGACUGAAGAGUACAGUGUGGACUAAAGAGGAUUGAAGUGGACUUUGUGGAAUGAAGGAUCCUGUGUGGACUGAUGUGGAUUAUUCAGUUGUGCAGACUGACUGGAGCCACAGUGACACAAAUCCUACCAGAGUGAACAGUCAGUUUGUUCAGGUGUUUGAUUGACCUCUUCAUCACAAUCUCCUGCACAGACCUGUACCUGGACUUUAGCUCAGUCUGAAUCUUCUGACUUGCUGAGGGUGAUGGACCUGAUGUUUCCAGCAGGUGAAGGGUUGGACAGGUGACAGAGACUGCUGUUUUUGCUGCUUGUAGCCUCUGCUUGUUCUUAGUUUGAUCCUUGCAGACGUCAGAAAACAUGAAGAAUCCUCAUCAGGUCACUAACACCUGGACCAGGUCCAUCAGCAAAGACCCGGUUCUGGUCCCCAGCAAGAAGUUCAAGAGGAAAUCCAGAGAACCUAAAAGACUCUUCAGUGACCCGGACCUUGACAGGACUAAGUGUUUCCCUGCAGAUGGGUCUGAUGCAGACUCUGCAGAUGAGGGGGGUCCUAUCAGCAGGUUGGACCCCCAGCAGAGACACUUGAUGGAGAUGGGGUCUAGGUCUGCAGGGAUCCUGUCAGAGGGGGUUGGUGCACCAGCUCACAGUGGGGCCUUGGACAUGAGGAUCGGCUACAAUGUGCCAUCUAUCACCUCCAGACUGACCCAAGUACCCCUAUCUACCCUCUCUGAGAUCUCACACUGGCCCCCCACCAUCUCCCAGCCUCUGAGCCACAGACUCAGACUGAGCCGCUCCACCCUAACCCCAUCAGCACCCACCACCUCCAGCCUCUCCAUGGAGCCAUCCCAGUCAGGACCACUUACAGCCCUGUCUGGAUCCAGAACCCCCCAGUCCUCGCAGACUCCCCUGAUACAGGAUUACGUGGAGCCUCAGGUCCUGCCCCAAAAGGUAAGUGUUUUGGGCUCCUGAGUAAAUACACAUUGGAGUGUGUGUGUUUGUGCAUAUUGUCUAUCUAUCUAAUUUAUAUAGAUAGAUAGAUAGAUAGAUAGAUAGAUAGAUAGAUAGAUAGAUGGUUUUAUCCAGGUUUAUGUCAUCCUGGAUCACAUGAUCCUGACUUUUGUGAGUCUGGUUUAUCUGGUCCUUGUUCUUGUGAUCCUGUAUCAUGUCAACCUGGUUUUACAUCACAUGUCUCAGUCACCCAUUCACACCACAUGUAUACAUGGAUGGUAGAGGCUGUCAUGUAUACAGCCCACCAGUUUUUGACUUACACCAUGCCCACUAAUCGCUUGCCCAUGUCUCAGAUCACGCUGGGUUAAGAGUGCUAGUCCAAGUCUUAGUCCUUAUCAAAGUUUUGGUCCAAGUCUGGUUCUGAGGUCAGUUUCUAGCCAAGGUCUGAGUCAAGUUCAAGUCUAAUUCCGAAACUCAAUCCAAGUCUAGGUCUAGGCCUGAGUCAGGCUCAAGGGCCAGUCCAGUGGACCAGUGGCGUGACUCUUGUGUCAGUUAUAAUGUUCUGAUGUUCUGAAACACACCUGUCAGUGUCACCGUGAAUCGAGAUCAAGUUUGUAAUAAGAAUCUCUCUCAGGACUCACCAAGGAAGAGGACAGGGCUGAUUGUUGAUGGACCUGGACCUGGGCCUGGACCUGGACCCGUAUCUGGGCCUGGGCCUGGAUCUGGACGUGUUCCAGAGGUGAAAGCCAUCCAGCAAACCCGCAGACUUCUUGCUAACGCCAGAGAAAGAACCAGAGUACACACCAUCAGUGCUGCAUUUGAAGCCCUGAGGAAGCAGGUGAAACUGAAACAGAUACACAUGCACCCAUGUACCCAUGCAUGCUCUUAUAGCAGAUGGUCAGAUCUCUGCAGUCAGUCUCUCUUCAGUCUCUCUAAUCAUCAGGCUGAAUGUUUUUUUGGUUUUUCAUUUUAAUUAAAGGUGGGGUAGGCAGGAUUCUGUUAAAGAAGCAUCUUUUUUGUGGUGUAUAUACAAAAAAGCUUUUAAUAUCAGUCAAUAGCUAUUAGUUAUUGAUGACAUUUGGUAAUAUCACGAUAUUGCUGUGUUUUCUCAUAUCUGUGUAGUCAACAUUUUGAAUUUUUUUGAGUGGCCUACUCUGUCUGACUGUAAACAAAGCCAUUCUUCGCCUCCCCCAACCUGAUUGGUUGUGAGGCAGACGCUGCUCCCCCAUGUCGUUCACGAUCCCAAACAGUUAGCGUGCUACAAUGUUGUAGAAACAAACCAGAAAGUACGGAAAAUUAUCUGAAUCCUUCUUUGGCCAUGACUGCCAACACAAGCAGAAAAACUAAGUAAAUACCAGAGACUUUGGCGGAAUAACAGGCACUUAAAAUGGAGGAAGACUGGACAAGAGCUAAUAAGCCUGCUCAACAUCAAUGAUUAAACGAUGGGGGGGGCUUCAGGAUCUGGACCCUGUAACCUUUCUGCUGGACAGGUAAACCGUUUUAUAAAGUAAGCCAAGUGUCUGUAACAGAAGUUUCUUGUCAAACGGGACCUGCUGCAUGUUGUAGCGCUGCUAAACUGUUUACCUCGGGUCCUGGAGUAGGUCACUUUAUCCUAGUUGUAGAAGUCCUGCAAACAUUGUGUUUGCUGGUAGUCUGUUGGCAUCCAAUCCAAUCAAUUGGCAUCCAGUAGCACUAAUGCUUUUUACCUUCAUGUUGACUGGGCUCCAUUUGUAAUUAUCUAAAGUAUUUAUCUGCAUUAUAUCUGAAUUUAAUUGAAACGAUACAAGCGAGCGGGAGCGCCUGUUUGUGGGCGGGGCUUGCUGGAGCAGAAACUGAGGGGAGAGGAGGAGCUGAGGGGAAAACUGGUUGGGAGGGGUAGUGUUUACAUUCAAGAUUCCUCCAAAAAACUGGCACUUCCUCAGAUCCUGACUACCCCACCUUUAAUUCAUCAUUUAUUAACAGACCACCAACACUGACACACUACAACUCUACUUCAACUGUGAAGUUUAUGUGUCUCCCGGAGAGUGACUGUUCAAGGUGAGUUUGACUGACACCCUGCCAAUCAUACUCUCUAUGUGCAGGUUCCCUGUUACUCAUAUGGGCAGAAGCUGUCAAAGCUGGCCAUCCUACGUAUCGCCUGUAACUACAUCCUGUCUCUAGCUCAGCUAGCUGAGCUGGACUACAGUCCGGACCGCAGCAGUCUGAGCUUCUCUCAGUGUGUGGAGCAGUGCACCAGAACCCUACAGGCUGAGGGACGCAGCAAAAAGAGGAAGGUAAAAAGAUUCUACUACUAGGAACUACUACAUUCUACUAGGAAGGCUCAGGAAGCUGUUCACGCUAAGGUGCACAGUCAAAAAGAUGGCUAGUGUGGUGAUGGACAAUGUGAUUCUGGAUGAAUGUAUGGAGGAUAAAUUUGACAAAAUUAAUGGAUGGAUAAAUGGCAAGAGGGUGAAUGAAUGGAUUGAUGGAUGGAUGAAUGAAUGGAUUGGGAAAUGGUUGGGUGAAUUGAGGGAUGGAUGUCUGGAUAUAUGAAUGGAUUAAAGGAUCCAUAAAGAUGGAUGAAUUGGUGGAAUGAUGGUUAGAUUGAUGACUGGACAGAUGGAUGUAUGGAUAGCUGUAUGAAUAGAUAGAUAGAUGAAUGGAUGGAUGAAUGGUUGGAUUAAAGGUUGGAGGAUGGAUGAAUAAAUGGGCUGAUGAAUGGUGGAUGCAUAGAUGGAUAAACUGGUAAAUGGAUAGAUAGAGUGGUAACAGGUAAAGACUGAUAUACUGGUGGAUGGGUUUAGUGAUGGGAUGUAAAGGUAUGUUUAAUGCAUUAAUGGGUGAAUGGGGAAAUGAUUGAUGUGUGUGUGUGUGUGUGUGUGUGUGUGUGUGUGUAUUGGUGGCUGGAUGGAUGGAUAAAUAGGUUGGUGGAUGUUGGUACUUAAGUGUGUAUGUAUUUGUUGAUGGAUGAAUGGAUGGAUGAAUGGAUAAAUGGAUGGAUUCCGCAUGGGCGGAUGUUUGUAUGAAGGUAUGUAUGUAUGGGUGGAAGAUGGAUGAUGUUUGGAUAUAAAGAGGGGUCCAUCCAUUCCAUGUGUUGAUGGAUGAAUUGAUGGUUGGGUGGUUUGAUAAAUGGAUAGAUGUAUAUGUGUAUUUAGGUCUUUGGUAUGUAUGUGUGUGGAUGAAUGGAUGAAUUAGGAGGUAGUUGGAUAACUGAUUGGUAGAUGCCUGUGUAUUUGUAUGUAUGUACUGUAUGGAUUAAUCAAUUGAUGGAUAUUUGAUGAAGGGAUGGAUGUUUGAUGAACAAAUUAUUGGAUUUUUUUAUUUUAGACUGUUGGGUAGAUGAGAAAAGAUGAUAGAUAGAUAAAGAUCUGAUUAAAUAGAUGUAGACUUGAUUCUGUAGAACUGGGUACUGGUGGAGUUUCAUGUUAAGAAUGAUCAAUGACAUGAUCAGUGUUGCUCUCAGUUUAUUUGAAGAGAGCAUGUGUCAUCAUGUGUUUGUUUUCUUCAGCUUUGUCGAUGCCCCUUUAUUCAGCUCCUGGUGUGUUCUGAUAACGUCUGCACAAAACUGACUGAUUAUAUUCGAACUGUAAUAUUUAAAUGUGUCCAAACAUCUGAACAUAUCCACACUGUCCUGUCAAUGAAACAGUGUGGUAGUGGCUGUGGUGGUGUAUUUGUGGCUGUGUGGAUGUGUGUGUGCAUGUGCGUGUGUGUUACAGUCAAUCACUGACUUUGUGCAACUACACUCUGCACUCACACUGCUGUUCAGAUGUAAACUAGCUCAGAGCUGUUUCUGUGUGUUACUGUGUGUUUGCAUAUAUUCGUGUGUGUAUGUGUGUGUGUGUGUGUGUGUGUGUGUGUGUGUGUGUGUGUGUGUGUGUGUGUGUGCUCAGUCCCAGACACCAGAUGUUUAGAGUGGAGGGGAAGUGGAGCUGGCGCCAUGAAGGGCAGAGGGCAGAGAGAAGGCACGCGAACUGAAACCACACACACACACACACACACACACACACACACACACACACACACACACACACACACUUGGCACAUUCCCCAGCAGUCUCUGCAGCACAUUCCCCUUCUCUCUCUCUCUCUGUCUCUCGUCCCUCUCUCGUCCCUCUCUCUCUCUCUCUGCAGGCCAUCUGCUUCAACAUACUUUGAAACAAGGAGGGGAAAAAACACAGUCAUCAUCAGCCUGUCAGACAGCAGCAGCUGCUAGUGUGUGUGUGUGUGAGUGGGUGUGUGUCUGUGUGUGUUGAAAUGUUUUUUAUUCUCUCAGAGACACUCAGUCUGAGUGCUCCGUUAGCUGAAAAACAGACAUUUUUGUUUCUUUGUGAUGUUUUAGCAGAACUCAGUGCUCGGACUCUGACUGAUACCACUUUAAACAGGUUCAUGUUUAUUCAACUCUCCACUCUGACCUCAUCAUUGAAGCAUUUCAUUUCAUUCAAAUAGUGUCAGGUAGUAACUUAAGAUUAAUUUAAGUUGAAGUUUUUCAUGCUGGACAGCUACAUAACAUGCUCUUUUUUUUAAUAUGGGUGCCCAGCAUUAGUCAGCCAUGAGACAGAAUCACUUUCUUUUAUAGGCAGAAACAUCCAACAGAACCAGACUCACUGGAUACCAGGACUAAACUUGAAAUGUGUUGAGUCUGGAUGAAUUAACUCAAUCCACAACAGUCAAGGCCCAUAGUAGUCUCAGCCUACAUCAUUGUAGACCAAAAGCAGUCAAAGCCUACAGACCAAUCCAACAAAUGCUGGAAGCUACCAAGCCGCCAAUACUGGGGUGGCGUCCUCUCAAAACAUGAGUGCUUUUUAAUGCAAACUGUGGCCAUCCAAGCCUGUAGCAGUCAAAGCUCAUUGCAGUCUAAGCCUAUAGCAGUCUAAGCCUUGAGAAGUCUGAGCCUUAAGCAGUCUAUGUCCACAGCAACUCAGUCUAUGGCAGUCUGCACCUAUAGCAGUCAAAGCUUAUAGCAGUCUGAGCCUAUAGCAGAAGCCUAGUUCUCUGUUGUCAGCCAAUCAGAUCAUCUCAGUGUAUGAACAUGUGACCUGAUCUGUGCACAUGGAGACUCCUGAAAACCAGCAAAUUGGAGACCUGUGUUUAACUUUCUGUUCUUUUGUUUUGUGUCAGGAGUGAACUCGACAGAUGAAUCAGGAUCUGGAUCAGUAACAGAAUCAAGAUGUGGAUCAGGAUGUGGACUCUGGAUCCAGAAGGACUUUUAAGAUGGUUGUUGGAUGUUGCAGCAAUGAUCUUUCAUCGUGGACUGACAUCAGGAUUUCAAUGAAAUCAUCAUCUUUGUGUGAUGAUCAGCUGAUGUAGAGACUAAUAACCCUGUUACCAUAGAAACAGAUGAACUCUGCUGUGUUAUCAUGAAGAAACAUCAUUUGCAGAAUAAAGAAGCUUGUCAGAUGUGACAAAAAACAACUCAAAAACCCUUAACUAAAACAGAUAUUAGACUGUAAAAAGCUCAUUUGAUUAUUCAUGAAUUUACUCAUUCAGCAGUGUUUAAUAAUUUAGUUUUAGCAUUUUACUCCAGCCUCUUUCAGUUUAUUUGUCUUCUGUAUAAAUAAAAUAUUUUAACGUGAUCAUAUCCCUGUUUUUUUUUUUUUUUCAAAUUAGGUUUCAAAGCUAAAAAACUUUUUUUUUAAAACAAACAUUUUUAGAAUUAGGUGGACUUAAAUGAUUUAAUGUUUAAUACUUCUGAAAUUGUGAAUGUGUGUGAGAAACAGUUUUGAAAUAGCAUUUAAAAACCUGCAGCAGAGACACACACACAGAGAUUUUUUAGGCUAGAAACUGUGGAUUCUUUUUGUUUUAGUGUAUAUGAAUGUUUUUUUUUCAUGCUCCUUCAGUCUUAAGAGGGAACCGGAGACUGACUUUAAAUAUCUGAUUAAGCAAGCAGGGAACGUUUCUCUGUUAAAAAUAGCAAUAUGAUAGAGAGUACAGAAGAAUCUCACUCAUUCUUAGAUAAUUACUAUGACAGUAAUACGCUGUUUUUUAUAAAACUAUAAUAACCACCAGAAUAAACAUUACAAUAGGUUAACUGUUAUUUUGACAAAUAGAAAGCUAUAAAUAUAGCAAUUAGAGUCAUAACUAUAACAGUCAGCAGCAUUACUUAACUCUUCAUUGUCAAACACUCUGAUAUCAAACUCUUCAUUAAAUGAUCUAUUGGCUAAAGUGAGAACUCUCCUUUCAUUAAGAUCACACUGCCACCUGCUGUUUGUUUUAGAUGAGUACUGUAUUAUCAUGCCAGCACAGAUGUUUUUUGAGGGGACACUGUUUGUGAGGUUUUUAUAAGCCAGAAACAACGACAGAUUGCAGACUUCUGUCUUUGUAAACCUGAAUUGAAACACUCUUGAUAGUGUAUGAAAAACUUAAAACUCUUGUAACUCAAUCAGCAGAGUGCCUUUAAAACAUCAGUGGUCACAGAAGAUCAUUUAAUGAAUUAUAGAUAAAAAUCUAGACUCUAUAUUUGUUGGC